AUGUGCAAAGGUGUUAAGCCGCAUAAUAUGAGAGACAUGCAAAUUGAUAUGGAUCAAGCAGAAGCAAGGCCGAUGGCUUCUAUACCUAGGACAAUAACGUUACUAGGUUCUUUAACUUCAAGUACAGCAUCAGUAAGUCAAAGCAUGCCUUCUCGUCCAAGUGAGCCAAAGAGGAGGGGAGCCACCACCGUUGAAGAGGCAUUCAAUACAAGGGCAAGAGAUGAAUUAGAUUCAAUUAUUGCAAGGAUGUUUUAUACCGGUGGGUUGUCAUUUAAUUUGACAAGAAAUCCAUAUUUCUCCAGAGCUUUCACAUAUGCCGCAAGCAAUCCAAUUGUUGGUUACAAGCCUCCCGAUUAUAAUUCUUUGAGGACCACUCUUUUGCAACGUGAGAAGGCUCACGUAGAGAGGUUGGAGCCCAUUAGGGGCUCAUGGAAGCAGAAGGGAGUCUCUAUUUACAGUGAUGACUGGGCAGAUGUACAAAGGAAGCUACUGAUAAAUUUCAUUGCGGUCUCAGAAAACGUGCCAAUGUUCUUGCACUACGUGAAUGUCGAGGGAGAGCAGAAGAAUAGAUAUUUCAUUACAGAGAAGUUUGAAGAUUGCAUUAGAGAGAAUACUGAGGCUAAUGCAAUCGCUUAUGCAGAGUGCAACUGGAUUACAAAGGUAUCUGAUGAUGCUUUGAUGAUUAAGAACUUUAUCAUGAAUCACUCAAUGAGGCUGGCUAUGUUCAAUGAGCAUUCGAAGAUGAAGCUUCUUUUAAUUGCUGAUACCCGAUUUGCUUCAUGGAUCAUCAUGCUAAAGAGGUUCACGAUGAUCAAGAGAAGCCUCCAAGAUAUGUUUGUUAAGGAGAAAGUGCUUGAUGAUUUGUGGUGGGAUAGGGUGGAUUAUAUUAUUGCUUUCACUGCUUCUAUAUAUGAUAUGAUUCGGCUCACCGAUACUGACAAGUCCAACCUUCAUUUGGUAUAUGAUAUGUGGGAUACAAUGAUUGAGAAAGUGAAUGUUGUUAUUUAUAGACAUGAGGGCAAAAGAGAAAAUGACCCCUCCUCAUUUUAUGAUGUCGUACACAAAAUCUUGGUGGAUAGAUGGAAUAAGAGCAACAUGUCACUUCAGUGCUUGGCGCACUCUUUGAAUCCAAGAUAUUAUCAUGAGACAUGGCUCAAUAAGAAUAUCCAUCGACAAACACCCUAUCAGGAUGAGGAGAUCUCUUCGGAAAGGUCCAAGUGUCUGAGGAGAUAUUAUCCUAAUGCCGAUGAACGGAGGACAGUUAACUUGGAAUAUGCUAGAUUCUCGACCGUUCUUGACACUUUUAGUGAUCCAGAUGCUCUUGCUGAUAGAGGAUUGAUGGAUCCAAAACUAUGGUGGGUGCUCUAUGGAUCCUCAACUCCAAAUCUGUAA